UAGAUCCAUUAGCAAUGAGUCAGCAGCAUCUCACUACACCGAUGCUCUGUCCAGUUUCGAAGAUGACGACGAUGAGAUAUUUGAUGGAGAUUAUAUUUGCGAUGUUCCCUUUAUUCCAAGUGACGAACAUAUUGAAGCGUCCAUGAAUCCCCAGUUAUUCCGUGAUAUGGAGAGUUUGAUAUUUCUCUACGGAGAAAAAUCUAUUAGUUACCGAUUGUUUGAAUCAAUUGACGAAAUUGACGUUGAAUUGCACAUUCCAAUGGGAUUUCUUGAUGAGGUUACUGCAGAUGCGUGGAAAGUUUUGAGGACAGAGCCGUUGGUAACACGGCUGCAUUUGUCAUUAUCACGAUACCUGGAGUCGUCAAAUCCACCUAAAGUUGAAGUAUUUCAACCAUCUAAGAAAGAGGGUUUUGGGUUCGGAAGUCAAGUGCGUAAAUUUCUUGAGAACUUUUUGUCGUCUGAAUGGCCUCAUUUGCAAAGAGACUAUCAGGAGCAUCUGAAGUUAGAAAAAAUGCGAAAGUCACAAAGCGCUCCGGAAAACAUCAAAGCUGAAGCAUCAAUGACGGACACUAUUUCUGAAAUUGUUCAGGAUGCAGCCAUUGCCCAGCUUGUAAGUAUGGGUUUCGAACCUGAUUUAGCAAGGAAUGCGUUAAUCAUUACACAUGGAAAUAUUGAUGAAGCGUCCAAAUUGAUUCUUGAAAAUCCAAUUAAAUGUGCGGAAGGGAAUGUUGAAACCUUUGAGAAUGUUAGUGCUGAAGCAGUACCCUCCAAGUCAGAAUCCUCAUCUUCUAUGGAUAGUAAAAAGCAGAAACCUUUUAGGUCAAUAUCACAAUUGUCUGAGGAUGAGAAUGUUUUUCAGUUUGGAGAAAUGGAUUUAUUUAAUGAUGAAUUAUUCAAAGGCACAAAGACUGAUAAGGCAAAAGAAAAACCAGAAAAGAAUGCAAGAACUGGUUUGAAGAGACAAUUGUCGCAUCCCACAAUUUUAAAUAAAUUGAAACGUAUGCUACCAGGUCUGUCACGCACAACCAGUGUUAUGCCUGAACAUAGCACUUCCCGUUUUAUUGAGGAUUUGAAUUUAAUGCCUUUGUCUACAUUGGACGGGAAAAAUGCCAAAGUUGUUCCGAGUAUUGCUGAUGGAUUCUUGAUUCAAGUUUUCAGAUAUGUGCGACAAAGAAUUCCAACAAUGAACGAGUAUUGCGUAAUCUGUGAUGCCCAACAUGUAUUUCAAAAUGGUGCAAUGUUAAAACCAGCUGUUUGUAGCAGAGAACUCUGCGUGUUCGCAUUCCAGACUUUAGGUGUUAUGGCAGAUGCUGCAGAAGACAUUGCAACAGGUGCAGAAGUUGUUGAUUUGCUGAUUAAUAUGACGCGUGCAGCGGCCCUUUCAAGUCGUAAUCAGAUUAUAUUCGACCCUUUUCCAACGGUUGUCGAUCCUGACAACCCAUGUAAUUUAUUGUUUACACCAAAGAAUCGUGACUAUAACUUAAUUAAAAAGGUGAUACAAGAAAUGCCCAGCAUGUCGGAUAUGGCAUGUAUGACGUCGUCACUAAAACAGCAGUUGGAUCAGAGUAACCGAAGUGUAUAUCCCUUAAUACAAUGGAUUAUAACUAGUAACAGAUCGCAUAUAGUGAAGUUACCACCAGAGAGACGGCUAGAAUUCAUGCAUACACCACACCAGUUCUUACUUCUAUCAAGCCCCCCAGCAAAGGAGGCAGCCUUUCAAGAAGCCAAGAAAAAGCAUGGAAGUACAUUUGCCUUUCAUGGAUCCAGUAUAGAAAACUGGCAUUCCAUAAUCAGACAAGGUCUCAUGAAUGCGUCUGGUACAAAGUUGCAAGUGAAUGGUGCUGCUUAUGGUAAAGGGAUCUACCUAAGUCCACAUAUUUCUACAUCAAUGGGGUAUUCCAGGAUGGGUUAUGGCUCACACAGCGUGAACAAAAACAAGCCCAAGUCAGAUACAAAGACUCGAUUCUUAACUUCUAGCAAUAUUACAUGUAUUGCCAUAUGUGAGGUGAUCACAUCUCCAUUGAAGAAGAACAAUUCAAUAUGGGUAUGUCCUGAACCGGACAACGUGUGUACACGAUUUUUCUUUGUGUACGAAGAUGGCCAAGUCGGAGAUUCAUCCAUUGACACACAGAACAGUAAAUUCUUGACACAAAUUCAGGAAGCAUGUGGAUAUAAAGUGUGACUUUUUCGAAAAAGUUUUGAUUCAAAAUUUAACCCUUACUCAGCCUGACAUUUUAUUACAUAUUUUUCUGGAAAAUAUCUAACAGUGAAUUUUUUUUUUUCAAUUUUCGAAACAAUCUGUGGCUUUAUGGAGGGGAAAAUAUAGCGCGAAAACUCAGAAAAGGGGCAUACAUUGUUGCAUAUUCCAACAACUGAAAAUGAAAUUUACUCAAACAUUUUAUAAGAUUUUCUAAUUUCAAUUCUAUUUAGCAUGCAUGGUACAAAGCAGAGGCAUUUCUAUAGGGACAGCUUUCUGUCUUCUAGCUGAUAUAAGUCAACUGCUGUUAAGUUAUUGUCCUAGUGAAGCAUGUGCACAUGGCAUUUUUGGGGAAAAUAAAAGCA